CUGUGUUUUUUUUCUCUCUCUCUAUCUCUCUCCCUCUACCGUUCUCUCCGGUCGUGUCCAGCGAGGUGCUAGCCCAUGCCGGGGAGCCCACGGGGCGGCUGAAGGGCGGGGGAUGUAUGCGCUACUGCCUGCUCCGGCCCCCGCUCGCUGCCGCUGCCCCUGCCCCUGAUCCAGGAGGGAAGGGAGAAGUGGGCUGUGACCAGCCCGCAGCGGCCACUCGAGCCCCCGAGGUCGGGCCAUGGCCGCGGCUCUCGCCAGCUCUCUCAUCCGGCAGAAGCGGCAGGCGAGGGAGAACAACGCGGACCGAGUGUCGGUCACCAAGCGCCGGAGCAGCCCGAACAGAUCCAAGAAGUCGCUCUGCGAGAGGCACGGUCUCGGCGUCUUCUCCAAAGUCCGCUUCUGUAGCGGCAAGAAAAGGCCGGUCCGUAAAAAAACAGUUUGUACAGACCCAGAGCUAAAAGGUAUCGUGACGAGGUUAUUCAGCCAACAGGGCUUCUAUCUACAAAUGCAGCCGGAUGGAAGCAUCAAUGGCACAAAGGAUGAAAACAGUAAUUACACUCUGUUCAACCUGAUCCCUGUGGGACUGCGGGUGGUGGCGAUACAAGGUGUGAAGUCUGGCCUCUACGUGGCCAUGAACGGCGAAGGACUUCUCUACAACUCGGAUCUGUUCACAGCAGAGUGCAAGUUUAAAGAGUCCGUCUUUGAGAACUAUUACGUGAUCUACUCCUCGACAUUGUACCGGCAGCAGGAGUCUGGACGAGCCUGGUUCCUGGGGCUCAACAAAGACGGCCAGAUCAUGAAGGGCAACCACGUCAAGAAAACCAAGCCAUCUUCCCAUUUUCUACCCAAGCCAAUCGAAGUUUGCAUGUACAGGGAGCCGUCGAUGCACGAAAUCGGGGAUAAAGCCGCGCGCUCGCGGAAAAGUUCGGGAACGCCGACCAUGAACGGAGGAAAAGUCAUGAAUCAGGAAGAGUGUACAUAGCAGGAGAGCGGGGACUGGGAAUCUGAACUCGACCACAGGCACAAUUUACAGCACCAAACACAGCAAAGUUGCAUAUUUAAACUCGAGACGGGAGGAUUAUUAUGAACAAGUGAGUCCUCCACAUUAACUGAUGAAGCCAUGAUCUUCGCCUGAAGGAGAAUAAUUAAAUCAGGAUUUGAUUUUCAUUGUUUUCUCAUGCAGAACUCCACACAUUUGUGGUAAACUCAGCUACGAAACGUUAAAUAAAUUAGCAAAUAAAAGAACUUAGCUUUUACCCGAAAUUAGAAAAAGAAAUGUCCCUCAGAAAGUAGAGGUCUUUCAUUCGCUUCUCAACCGGUGAAAACCUUAGACCAGAAGAUGGGAUUCUGUUUGCCAGCCACCCCCCUCAUUGUAUUCUCACCUGAGGAACCGGUCCAUCGUGGUGGAUCCAUCCAGCAGAAGCACACUCGGUAGUCCAUGGUGUCAGCACACUUGGCCAACCAACUUCCAUCCACAACCAGAACAUACCAGACCAUCUCACACAACGUAAUGGACUCUCAGUCUCAGUCGAACUGAAACCAAAAAGGAUUAAGAUAGGGUCAAGUGAAGGAUGUCCAAUACAUGCUUGCUUGAGGGGUGACCCUGCCUCUGCCUUGGUGGACAGUUGGCUGGUGGGAAGUAGAUGGCAUUUCCUUUGACUUCUCCCUCCAUUAGGUCGGCACAAUAGUAAAGCCGGUAAAAGCUGGUAAAAGCUGGUAAAGCCGCUGCCUCACAGCACCAGAGACGCGGGUUCGAUCCUGACCUCGGGUGCUGUCUAUCUGUGUGGAUCUCCCUGUGACCCUGUUUUCUCCGGGUGCUCCGGUUUCUGUCCUGACUCCAUCUGAUCAUCACAUAUUAACCCAUCCAUUGGACCUCAAUUGGCUGCUAGAUGUAUGUUGCUGAACCCUUGGCCCAAAAUGUUCUCAUUUACCUACUUGUGAGCAGUUUGCUCUCUUAUUUUAGAGAUUGGUGACAUCACCAAAGAAUGGUCUCGGUGGAAGCAUGAUUUUUUGCCCACAAGUGUAGGUGUGAAAAAAAAAGGCACAAAGAAAAAAGAUUUAAA